GUCAAGAAAAGUUGCGAACCGAUCGCAGCACGUCGCCCAUAACUGUGUCACUCGUGGUGUCUUAGGAGCCCAUAAGUUCACAUCAUUGUAUAUGCGCAUGCCCCAUACUAGCACUAAAUAACCAAACCAACGAGCUGCCGUCAACCCCUCGCGCGUCAAUAAACUGCACAUUCCUUGCGUCUUCUUAUUUGCCUGGCUUGCUCAGUGCAACUUUAAGCUCUAUAUUGGCUCAGAAUUAAGAGCCCAGGCUGUCAGGCUUUACUGGUACUGUAGACUGAGUCGUUUCACAAGCCUCGUGCUUGGCGAUCAAGUCCCUUCAUAUUAGGCAAAGAACCGCAGAAAAUGCACGCUGGGUGAGACCGGCAGGCCUUUUGCGGGCCUGCUGAGGCAGGCACGAUGGUCUUCUGCUGCUUCGCACCCCAGGAGCCUGCUUCUCCACCGACAGCAGGUCGCAGCCAGGCAGCAUCUGUGCAGCGCGAACCGGAGCCCACUGUAGCUCAGGAACCCGAGAAGGUCGCGCUUCCGGCUGUGCAGCCAGCCCCAGCCCCGCAAGAACCGGUCCUGCCCCCAGCAGGCCAGACAGAAGAUGCGGGCCGAGCAGGUUCAUUUAGCCGUGGCAGCUUGCCAACGCAACUAUCACAGAUAUUAGCUGGCGUGCCGGCAGCCGGGGUCCGGAGCAACGACCUGUGGACUAACUUGGCGAAAUGUGCGGACAGUCUCGUGGGCUCACUUUCCAUCACAGCAUCCAGCUUCUACAUCUUCACCACUUCACGGCGGUUCUGCAAAGUCAUCCCCAACACGGCCUCGCCCAUGACUGCCGCGUUGCGGAAAAGUGGGUGGGAGCUGUGCCAUGCGGCGGAGACGCCGAGUGCGGCGCAGGUCACAGGCAGCCGCACGCCUUCGUACUUCCAGGUGCCGCGCGCCUCACCGACGGCGCACCCACGGGCCGUGCCGUCCGACUUCCAGCUCCUGCACACGCAAGCUGGUUGCCAGGCGUUCCUCAUACUACCACUGUACCAGGGCCACACGGUGGUUGGCGCGCUGAUGCUGGCGCACACGGAGCCCAUCCCCACGCUGGCCGACCACCGCUGGCUGGCCGCGUACCUGCCGCUGCUAUCGCUCUACCUCACAGAGACGAGCGCGCUUAAGCUGGUCAACUUCACAGAAAAGAUCCAGACGGCGUUCAGCCUGAACCAGCUGGCGUGGAUUGUGAGCAGCGAGCUGGACACGUGGUUUGACUGGUGCCACCCAGACGACACGGAGGCCCGUCUGGUGCUGCUGGCGCCGGACCAAUCCGCGGCCAUGGUGCUCUCGCGCUCGGUGGGCACGCUGCGCGCUUUCGACCCCGUCAACUCCAUAGAUGUGUUGGUGUCAGGCGGCGUGCGCAGCGGCUCCGCCUUUGGCGCCAGCGCCAGCGGCGUGGGCCGCCGGUCGUCCGCCAACAUGGACCCCGACGCGGCGGGCGGGAUACGGCGCGACGCUUCCUUCGCCAGCCGGCAGAUGCUGGGCGGCGGGCUGGCGACCACGGUCACGGGCGGCAAGCCGGUUCCCGACGAGGGCUUGCUGGGCACGCACAUGAGCCUGUCCAACACGCUGACGCGGCGCUGCCUGGCGGAGGGCUCCAAGCUGCUGUUCGUGGCGGACGUGAUGGCGGCGCUCAAGAAGUACGGCGAGCCCUGGAAGGACGUGUUCAUGGAGCAGGCGCGGGUCACCAACCCCACCUGGGUGGUGGCGGCGCCCAUCGCGCACGGCGGGCGGCAUCUGGGCGCCAUCCUGUGGCUGUCCUCCAGCCGCCUCAACCCCAACAUGCUGGCGCAAACCGCCAAGGCCUCGGUGCCGCUGCUGCUACACACCGUGGCCCGGCAGGUGGUGCACCUGAUCCAGCAGGUCAGCAGCGCCGCGGGCGCGGGCAUGGACGACCCCACCGUGUUCUGGAGCCAGCUGCUGGCCUUGCCGCACCUCAACAUGCUCAGCGGCGCCACAGCCACCGGCCUAGCAAACGGCGGCGGAGGCACGGGCCACCUGGACACCGCAGACAUGGCCUCCAGCCUGGGGAACUCCAUGGUGGGAGGCGGCAUGAUGGGUGGACAGGGCCGCGAGCACGGCGGCAGCGGCCACAGCGACGCGCUGACGGGCGGCGGCAUCCUGACGGGCGCGCCCACCGACACCUCCGCCAGCCGCCAGCUGCGCUACACAGUCAUGGUGCGCAGCGACUCGGUGUCCACCUCGGCGCUGGUGCGGGCCUACCAGACCGCCAUCGCGCAGCACCAGCGCGCCUCUGCGGCCAGCAGCGCGGCGGACGUGGGCAGCGCCUAUGAAGAGAUCCAGGUGAUCGCCAAGGCGGGCCAGGGCGCGUUUGGCUCGGUGUACGUGGCGCUGUGGAAGGGGCUGGUGGUGGCGGUCAAGGUGAUGCGGCAGCAGGCCGAGGGCCGCCGAGCCAUGCGCACCGCCUGGGAGCUGGCGGUCACCAAGUCCGUCAGCCACCCCAACAUCGUGAUGGUGUACGCCACCUUUACGGACGUGGUGGUGGUAAAGCUGUCCAAGCGCCUCAUCCGCUUCGUGCCCGCCGCCACCACGCUAGCCGAGCCAGGCAGCACGGGCGGCGGCGCCGCCUCCGCGGAUGGCAGCGGCCAGGCGGGCGCGGGCACCAGUGACGCGGGCGCGCGCUGCCAGGUGAUCAUCAUGGAGUACUGCAACCUGGGCCCGCUGCACCACUACGUCGCCGAGCGCCGCUACGCGCAGCAGCUGGGCAACCAGCAGGCCGAGAAGGAACGGGUGGCGGCGGCAGCAGCAGUAGCCGCACACCGCGCCAGCCGCAGCGGGAAUGCAAGCGCAAACGCGGCGGCCGCUGCUGCCGCAGCGGAAGGGAACCCGGCCAGCGGCGGCGACGUCGCCGCCGCCGCCACCGGGCAGCCCGCGAGCGGUGAGAACGGUGGCGGAGGCAGCGGCACCGCGAACGGCGGCUCGCCGCCGCCAACGGCGCCGGGCGGCGGCCCCUCCAGUGGCCAUGGCGCGGCGGUGGCCGCGGCGGCGCUGGGGCACUCGACCACCAGCGGCAGCGGCUCGGGCUGCCUGCCCGCGGGGGCGGUGACGGGGCCGGUGGAAUUCGGCACCACGCUGGCCACGCUGCUGGAGGUGGCCAGCGCGCUGCAGUACCUGCACUCGCUGGGUUUCAUCCACUGCGACCUGAAGCCGGAGAACGUGCUGCUCAAGGCCAGCCCGGGCGACCCGCGCGGCUUCACCAUCAAGGUGUCGGACUUUGGGCUGUCGGAGCUUCUGACCAGCGACGGCCCACUCAUGGGCGAGCUGGGCGGCACCGUGACCCACAUCGCGCCCGAGAUCGUGACGCACAAGCGCGUCACCAAGGCCGCCGACGCCUACGCCUUCGGCGUGGUCAUGUGGGAGCUGCUCACGGGCAACCGGCUGUACUCGGACCUGUUCACGAGCGGGCGCGAGAAGCGCGUGCGCGACAAGCUCAUCCUUGCCAAGGUGGCGCACGAGGGCCUGCGCCCCGUGUUCCCUGACGCCACGCCGCAUGAGUACGCGCACCUGGCGCGGCGCUGCUGGACCGCCGACCCGACCAUGCGGCCCACCUUCACCGAAAUCCUGCAGGAGCUGGAACACAUCCAGCGCCGCUACUGCAAGGCGGUGUCGUCGCUGCCCGGCCUGGAGAACAUCAUGGCGGCUGGAGGCGGCGGCAGCGCGGCGGCGGCGCAGGCAGCGGCCCAGGCGCAGGCGCAGCAGCAGCAUCAGAUGGCAACGCAGGCAGCGGCUCUGGCGGCAGCGGGCGGGGCGUCGCAGGGGCUGGGUGGGGUGACAGGACCCACGUCUGUAGGCGCGCCAUCUCCGGGCGGGGCUGGCGGCAACGGCAGCAGCGCGGGCGUGCCGGCAGGCGCGAACGCGGCCAAUGGCAGCACCGCGCCGCUGCCGCAGCAGCGGGGCCCCAGCGCGCAUGCGUCCGGGGUGCGCGCCACUGCGGACGUGGCCAUGGCCGUGUCCCCCUUGCCGCGCGGCGCGCCGGGAGGCCAGGUGGCGCCGGGCGCUGGUGCGGGCGCAGCGGCCGGCCACAACAGCGGCGGCCACGCCGCGGCCGUGGCGACGGCGGCGGCGCGUGUGGAUGGCGUCAACAGCGGGAACAGCGGCAACGGCACGUCAGGGCCUCAGUACGGCGGCGGGAGCAGCGGCGGCGCGGCGGGGGCGAGCGGGGCAAGCGGCGGCGGCGGCGGCGUGCCGCAGGGCGGUAUGCGUGCCGGAAGCGCGCACGGCCCGCUGCACCCGUCGCCUCUGCGGCAGGUGUCCACUGCGCGCAUGGCGGGCGAGCCUGGCAAGGGAGGCAGCAACGGAGGCGUCGCCGCGGACACAGGGAACGCAGCAGCCCCUGCCAUGUAAAGGGGCAGGGUGGCGCGCACGCAGGAGCUCGGUAAGGACUGAUGAAAACUCAUGUGCGAGCAUGGAACGUACGCAAAUACUAAGUGCUGGCUUGUUAACGUGUUUUCGUGUCAUUCGUCGGCAAAAAUCCAUGCCUUGCAUUCUCAUAAUCAGGCGCGAGGUCGUAAAAGGCGGCCAUUCUAUGCGUUGGACAGUGACCUGCACACGAUGGUGGCUGUGGGGGCAAGGGUGAAACGCAGUGGGUGCAAGUGAGUCUAAACCUGAUGUGGUAUGCCUUCCGUCGAGUCAUUAUCGCGUGCGGCCGAGGGCGCUGAAUUAUCAUUAGACUGCUGUGGGGUGUGGGGAGUACCUGACUCUGGACGGUAAUUCAGGUUCAACGCAUCACGGGUAUAAAAUUGCUAAAGCGCGCCCUGUGCUGGCUGUAGUACGAGCACUUAUUAAAUGAUGUAACCGCGGCUCAGUUGGUAAUUACGUGCGUGCGCAUGGACUGAUCGGCGCGCAGAAGGAUUAAUUGAAAGCGGGUGGAACAGCGGUGACAGACGGCAAAGGAGGUGCAAGGCAGAACGGAGAUUCUUACGUGGGCUUGGCGGCCAUCUGAUACCGCCAUGCGGUUUGUGUGCACAGUGUUAGUAGUGAAUUUGAGUUGCAGCAGGUACAUGCGGUUUUUAGCCGUUGAUACGCACAAUUUCAGGAAGAGAGAGCGCACACAAACGACGAUGGGGUUUCGGGAUGGCAGGGCCAAGGCCGGCUGUGAGCUCAUGAGCUGGCAUGUCUUGUGUGCCGCGCGCGAGGCGUUAAGGUGACACUUUCAUCCGUUGAUUUCGCAAUUCAGGAUAUUAUAGGUACAGCUGUUUGGCCUUGGGAGCAGGAAUGAGAGCCGAGAUGCCUGCAAGGGUUUGUGAAUGCGGGUGGCAGCGAUGUCAUGCGGUGCCCGGCAUACCACAAGUGAAACCAUAUUUUGACUGGCGGGCUAGGGAGGAGGGCAUCGGCGGGCAGCAAGGAAUGAUGGCUACCUGGGGGCUCAGCUUUGUUCGGUCGCCUACAAGGCCUCUGAUGCAUGGGAAGUGCGCGGGCGAGGGCGGCAUGGAGGCCACGUGCGCGGGUCGUGCGUCCUGCACCGCGCGAUGCUGCGCCAGAAGCGCCGCGGCAUGGAUGGACGGGCGGCGGAUGUGCCCUGAUGUGCACCCCCGCUGCCCGCCUACCACGAACCAGGGGCAUUGGGGCUGCGCACGGUGAACAAUAACACUGGCUAAGGAGAGGAUGACGGGCGAACGUGUAACUCCUGGGCAGC